CAAGCCCGAACAAACGCACUUCACUAUAUCUGCCGCACUUUGGAGCAAACACGACGUCACACCAGCAGCGACAUCUCCAGCGAAACGAACGAACCUUUUUACCCGUCUAAAUCCCACACAAACCGCGGCCGACAUGGCCACAAUGACAGUGACAUUCCCACCGAUACCCAUAUCCAACACCAUGACAGCCACCAGCACCAGCACCAGCACCACGACAACAUCUUGCUGCCCGAACUGCGGGCUCUCCCUACCCCCCGCCUCCGAAGCGCAAAUAGCCCUGCUCCAGGCGCAAAAACAGAUCGAAGACCUCGAGGCCCAGGUGCGCCUGCUCAACCAGAAAGCCACAGCCGCAGUGGACCGGUGGGCCGACUACGAAGACGAGCUCUCGCGCCUGCGCGCCGCAUCCACGACGUCCGUCGCAACGACUACCACGAGCAACAACAGCCCGCGCUCGUCGUUCCUGCCAACGGCCGCAUCGGGCGCCGCGGCGCGCAUAAGCCAGCUCCUAGCGCCGCGCAAGUCGGUGCCGAACCUAGCGACGCACGGGGCUCGGGGGUCGAUAUCGGUGCCGGCGAUGCCCCACGGGGACGGGGACGAUCUGCUGGAGGCGCUGUCCCGCGAGCGGGAGCUGCGGGCUAAGGCGGAGGGCAAGCUGCGGGAUACUAGUCGGGAGGUGGAGGAGCUGAGCGCGACGCUGUUCGAGCAGGCGAAUGAGAUGGUGGCGAGCGAGCGGAGGGCGCGCGCCAAGUUGGAGGAGAGGGUGUCGGUGCUGGAGCGCAGGGAUGUGGAGAAGAGGGAUCGGUUGGAUAGGUUGGAGGGUGCGAUGGGGAGGUUGGAGAGGGUGAGGGCGUUGUUGGAGGAGCGGUAGGGAGUGUUGGGGUCUGUUACCUACCUACCUAGCCUAGAUGUGGGAGACGGCCUAGGACGUGGUCUUACAUAGGACGGAAAAGAAAAGGUUUCCAGAGCGGAUAAGAGCGGAUCGGACCGGCUGAGGUACCCGCACUCGUCCGGGAGUCAUGUCAUAGUCUGCUAGCGGAAGGGAUAUGGUAAUCGGUCACAGGUCACAGGGUACGAAUUUCCUUGGUAGUCACAUGAGGGUACAGCUGGGCGUCCCGGGGGUACGGAUAGGGAUAGGGAAUCACGGUACGUCUCCUAGGUCCGUCAUGCGAGGGGAGUUCUGGUAGCCGUCCUCAUUUGAUUUGUAUCCGGGUGGUGAAUUUAUUUUUCUUUGCCGUUGUUCAGGGGCUAGGGAGGGAAUCAUAGGAUGUACCCACAACAAAAGGACUGGUCUAGGUAUUGCAUUUUACAUCUAGGACUGCGGGAGGUAAAAAGGGAAAAGGCAGGCAUGGUUUGAGACUACUAGGCAGGUAGGUAGGUAUCUAGGUUGUAUAGUUUUUUAGUAAUGAGGCGGGUAUAUAUCUGAAGCCCUUACUUCGUUU